AUGUCUGUACGUGAUAGGCCUGCCGCUAAUAGAUUUCUUGAUAUGAAAGAGAAAGAGUUUAAGUAUAGGCAACAUUUGAACUUUGUACGCACAGCAAAAGGCGGUAUUGACAUGACAACACCAGAUGUACCUCCAAGAUUACGUUUAAUGAAGCGAAAUAAUGCAAUUUAUCGAGAAAAACUUAUCAAAAACAUGACAGUUCAUGACAGAUUAAUAGAAAAUGCAAGAAGACCAGGUACUGCUGGAGGUCUUGCUGUAUUAGAUGAUAUUCCACUAUUUCCGAAGAGAAAAACAACUACAAAGCUUGCUGCUCUCCAUGAUGAAGAGAUAUAUAAGGUAGAAUCAGCACAAGGAAAACGUCCUAAUCGUGUCGAUACUGAAUCUGAAACAGUGAUGUCACCUCCUUCAACAUCGAAUCGCGUAUCAUCAUCUUCAUCAAGUUCUUCAUCGCGAUCUAACAAGGAACAGCCAGAAAACAUCAGAAUUGAAACAAUUGAGAAAAACGAUGGGGAUAAAGUAUGCAUUAUUACUGAUAAACCAGAUGAAUCUCAAGAAAUGGUUGUUUUGCCAUCUGAAAAACAUAGCGAAGACGAUUCAUCAGAAGAACAUAAUUCGCAAUCGUCAGAAACUAAGAACGAAGCGCCAGAACAGCCUAAACAACAGCCACAAGAUAAAAAGGAAGAAAAUAAUGAAACAGAAAAGCCUCCAGCGCCAGAAAACAAAGUAGAAUCAAAUGACGAAAAGGAAACUCGUCAAAAGACUGAUUCUAAUAGUGCAAACUUUAUUACAGGCCAAACUGAAUCGAUGGUUACCGAAAAGUCUUCAUUGCACAAUAUUGUUCAAGAAAAAGUUGAAAAUAUCUAG